AAGUGAAUUCGCCUGAGCUACAGGGAGAUAAACAUUGAGAAUCAGUGGAUAGGAUCCUUGUAGUCUCCAAUGGCCUCCAAUCUCCUCAGACUCCAUUUACAAACCACUCUCAAGGCUUCACCUCCAAUCUCAAUCUCCCCUUCAUCACUCUCCUUUACAAAUCCAUCUCCACACAAACGCACACUGUGCUCUUUCCCACCCACAAGCAGAGAAGAAGCCAUCUCCCAAGCAAAGCUCUCCCUCUCCUCCACCCUCAAGAAGCCCCUCAAUAACCCGAUUCCCGUCCCCACGAGAAAACUCAAGAAACUCACCCAACCAAGAUUUCGUGUCGAGAUCCCUGUCGUCGACGACUCACCCAACUCACUCAUCCAGCUAGCCUUUGUAGUCUUUGCUAACUUACCCAUCACAAGAAAAGGCUCAAUUCCAGCCACACUUAUCCUCUGGCCUAAUCCCACAUUGGCGCAAUUAGCCCUUCAGACUUUUAGCUCAGCUACCUCAGUUACCAACUCAGACUUGAGCUCAGUCGGUACUGAGAUUUUGAAUUCUGCUGACUUGGCCGUUUUUUUGGCGCCAGAGAAGUCUCAAGUUGAAGACAUCAAAAGGGUAACAACCAGCUUGUAUCCUAAGCCUGUGGUUCUCUUUAAUCCCAAUUGGGCUUUUGAUGAGGAGAAGGAUUUUGAAAUGGGGAACUUUCUUGAUUCUUUUGAUGUGGUUUAUUCUUUUAUGGGGUUAGAGGUUAGAGGGGUGAUUAAGAGGAGGAAGGGGGUGGUGUUUAAGUGUGUGAAGGAUGGGGUUGUGAGUGGUGAAGUAUGGGAGGUGAUGGUGGAGGAUGAAGAAGGAGAAGAGAAGGGGAAGUUGAAGGUGGUUACGAGGUUUAAGCGAAGGCCGACGAUUGUUGAAGUCGAGAGCGUUCUGUAUAAUCUGAUGGCGGCGAAUUCUCCAGUGACCAAAUCUGUCAAGUUUCUGAAAGAUCUGGUUUCAAACGUAACAGGGAAGAAGGACAAACAGUGACUUUGGUAGUACUUAGUCAUUUUGUUGCACCUGGUCAGUUUUGGUUGUAUGAACUUUGCGGUGAUUAUUCUUGUGAUUCUUUC